AUCUGUUGCCGGUCGCGUCACGCGUCACAGUUAUUCUUUACAAUCAAUUUUAACCAAUAAUUAAUAUCAAACUUAGUGUAAAUUAUUUUAAUAAAUAGUUAUUAUCAUUAGUACUUCAUUUUGAUAAAAUCUAUUAAUUUAUAUAAUUUAAAAUGGGCGGUGAAGAAGGUCUCGGAGUAACAACUGGGCAACCAAAUCUUUACAAACAAGAUUUGUCGAAGCUGGAUGUGAAAAAAAUCACAGCUCUCUCACGUGAAGUAAUAAGUCGCCAAGCAACAAUUAAUAUAGGAACUAUUGGACAUGUCGCUCACGGAAAGUCUACAAUUGUUAAAGCUAUAUCAGGAGUGCAAACUGUCCGUUUUAAGAAUGAGUUGGAGAGGAAUAUUACAAUUAAACUUGAAGAUCCUGCAGCGGAGACUCCCAGCGGUGAAUUAGCAGAUGUGCCUGGACAUGAUGAUACUUGUGAUAUGCCGCCAUUAUGUGAAAAACGGUCAAGAGCAACAAGUUUAUCUCCACCACCAUCGAAACGUUCACGAAAAGAAGCAAGGAAAAAAAAAUCUCUUGAUGAUACUUCUAAACUAACAAUAGCCACACCCACAGCCACAGAAGUAAUGACAAUCAAAGAUGAAAUUAAUGAUGAACCCGAAGCAAUUGAUGUUAAAGAUUUACCAAAUUCUAAUGAAAAGAAAGAAAGUAAACAAAAUAGUAGUAAAAAGAAGAAAAAAUCAAAAAAAUUAUCAACCGAAGAUACGGAUAUUUACGAAGUAGAAAAAAUUUUAGAUAAAAAAUUAAGGAAUGGUACUGUAUAUUACUACAUCAAAUGGAAAAAUUGGGCAUCUGAACAUAACACAUGGGAGCCUAAAGAUAACUUGACCAAUUGUCCCGAAUUAAUAGCAGAUUUCGAAAGCAAUCAAACUGAUUUACUAGAAAAUUUUCGUCAAAAAGAGAAUUUCUAUCCAACUACUGCAGACAUUGAGCAAUAUAUGGCUCGGUUGAUCAGAAAGAAGAGAUCUAUUGAUAAUGUUCAAUUUAAUGACUCUGAGUUGAUGAAGAACAUUAAAUUGUACAUGGAACAUCAGUCUUUAUCACCAUCAGAAAAUUCGGAAUAUAUUGAACUAGUAAAAAAGAUCAAAAAAGCCAUAUUGAAUAUGAUGUUCUGUAGUUUUCGCCGUGAUCAGUUGGAUGCUCUGAAUGAAUGGGAACAUGAAAUCAAUAGUAUAACAAAAAAGAAACCGUCAAUUGAAAUAGAAAAUGAUAUUGACUUAGAGUCAGCUCCGACUGAUUUUUUCUAUAUUGAAGAUUACCUCCCUGGUGCUGGAGUAAUUAUACCUGAUGAACCACCAAUAGGGUGUGAUUGUUCUUCUUGCGAUGCAAGUUCAAAAUGUUGCUACGCACAAUAUGACAGUGUUUUUCCAUAUACAAGCUCAUGCAAAGUACGUGUUCCACCAGGAACACCAAUUUAUGAGUGCAACAAACGAUGUAAAUGUAAAGAAAAUUGCAAGAACCGAGUAGUCCAACGUGGAUCUACGCUAACUUUAUGCAUUUUUCGGACUUCAAAUGGUCGUGGUUGGGGAGUGAAAUCGAAGAAACCUAUUAAAAAAGGCACUUUUAUCACGGAAUACGUAGGAGAAGUGAUAACAAGUGAAGAAGCUGAAAAACGUGGAAAAGAAUAUGAUGCCGCUGGACGAACAUACUUAUUCGAUCUUGACUACAAUGAAGUUGAAGAUCAAUGUCCAUACACUGUUGAUGCUGCAAUUUAUGGAAAUGUUUCACAUUUUAUUAAUCAUUCCUGUGAUCCUAAUGCGGCAGUUUAUGGAGUAUGGAUUAAUUGCUUAGAUCCGAAUUUACCGAAAUUAGCAUUGUUUGCUACGAGAGAUAUUGCGAUUGAUGAAGAAAUAACAUUCGAUUAUAUGCGAGAAACUACAAGCAAAAUUGAUAAGAAUAAAAAGAAUAUAUCCAUUAAAUUAAAUGGUGAUACGAGUGGAAUUCAUAAUGAAUCUUUGUCUAGACAACGUUUAGAAUUACCACCAGAAGAUGAAGUUGAUAAAACUAAAAACCGGAUGAGAUGUAAAUGUGGUGCUAAAGCCUGUAGACAGUAUCUUUUUUAAACUUUGAACUAUUUUCGUUUCAUAGUUAACUAGAUAACUUUUAUUAUUAUUAUUAUUACCAUUACAAUUUUUAGUUUGUUCUAGUAUUUGUUUUUUCAUUACGGUUAUUUGUUGGUUUAAAAAUUGAGACAAAUAAAUUAAAAAACAGCAUAGUUAAUAUUUGUUAAUAUAUCAAUCGGAAUUAAAGAAAAUAAAGAUCGUUGUGCCUAAAGUUACUUCUAUAAUUAAUGAAUUGUUUUAAUUGUUGUGAUUCUCGAUAUAGAUACUGUUAUCGUCAUUCGAACAUUACAGAAAUACUUAACAAUGUUUAUUGGGAAUAAAAUGUAUAACUGCCAAACUAGCUUAAGUUAUUUUUUAUCAGAAGUUACAGCUAUUAUUGAUGUAUAAAUUUAUAAAUAAUACAAUAGGUUUAAUAAUAAUUAUUAUUAUACUCGAAAAA